AUGCAGAACCCUAGCGGCCACCACCCCGCGACGGCCGCCCCGUCGUCGGCGCCGUCUAAGGGCAAGUCGUCGGCGCCGAACCCUAGCGGCCACCACGCCGCGACGCCGGCGCCGUCGGGGACGCCGUCCAAGGGCAAGUCGGCGGCGGCCCAGGCCGCGGCUUCGGGCCAGGGCUCCUCUUCCCACCACCACUCUGCCGGCGGUGGCGGUGGCGGUGGUGGUGGCGGCGCCGACGCGUCCGCCACCACCCUCAAGCGCAAGCGCGGCGUCUUCCAGAAAGACCUGCAGCACAUGAUGUAUGGCUUUGGGGAUGAUCCAAAUCCACUUCCAGAAACCGUUGCACUUGUGGAGGACAUUGUUGUCGAAUAUGUCACUGACCUGGUGCACAAGGCGCAGAAUGUUGCCUCAAAGAGGGGGAAGCUCCUGACAGAGGAUUUUCUUUAUCUUAUACGCAAGGAUUUACGAAAACUGCACCGUGCUACUGUGCUACUGUCCAUGAAUGAAGAGCUCAAGCAAGCAAGGAAAGCUUUUGACGUGGAUGAAGAGACGCUGGCUACGACUAACAUAUGA